AUGUCUUCCAAAGACUUCAUCAUCAAGCACAUGAAUGCCGACCACCAAGAUUCCCUCGUUCUAUUCCUCCGAGCGUACUGCGGCAUUACCUCCUCCCAAGCCAAAUCGGCCAAUCUAGAGGACAUCACCCUCACGAACCUCAUAAUCGCCGCCCAUGGCACCCGUUACAGCGUUCCCAUCGAACCCCCGAUGAAAGACUACUCGGAGGCCCGCAGUCGCAUGGUAGCCAUGCACAAAGAAAGCUUGCGACGUCUCGGCCGCAGCGACAUUGCCCUCACCGAAUACCGUGCUCCGCGUGGGUUUCCAGUAGUGGUCUUCGGCCUAUGCCUCUUCUUCUACGCCAGCUGCUUCCGACGCAGUAACCUGCUACCGGGCUCGUUUGUCUACGAGUAUUUCGGAUACAAGUUUGUGCCGGAUCUGGCGCACUUUGUCUACAACAUUCAGCCCUGGUUCUUUCCUUUGGUCGUGGGUAUUCAUGUCUUCGAGACCGUGCUGUUGAUCGUCACCCAAUUGAGACCACUAGGUGUCCCUAUUUUCUCGGGAUUGUGGUGCAAGUGGGUUGUUUCGUGUUUCAUCGAAGGCUUCGAUACAUUCCAGCGCAUCAAGCAGAUCGUUCAGGAGGAGAGGGGAAAGAAAGGCAAGAGCCAAUAG